AUGGCACUCGGCUGCCUGAGUGCUGCAGGCCGCAGAGUGAACCGUGGCUUUCUCUGCUUCGAGCGCUAUGUCUCCAAGCGUGUCGACAAGGCCACCCGCGUUCUCCAGCCUCUGUUCCUCCUCCUCGCCGUCGUCCUCAUCUCGCUCUGCGCCUUCUGCUUCUUCGAGGCUGUCUUUCCCGAGGUGUUCCUCGCACCCGGCGUUCCUCGCUGGAGGCGGGUCCUCGGCACGGCGUGGUGCUCCUACCUCGUCCUCAUGAUGGCCUUUCAUUACUACAUGGCCGUCGUCACCCACCCGGGCUCGCCCCUCGACUCGCCUCGGCCGCUCCCUCCCGCCCAGCCUGUCCCUCUCCUCGGCCCUGUCCUCCUGCGACUCGUCACUCGAGCCAGUACGGCCCGCUCGGCGUCGGUCGCCACCGGUUCGCGCGCUGUUGCCGUCCGCGAGGUGCGCGCCGCGCAGGACAAGGAGCGUCGGCGACAAGCAGAGCGCGAGCCCGUGCGGCGAGGAGUGCCGGCCGCCGAGCUCGAGGGCGAGACCGAGACGGGUCGGGCAGACCGGUACGCUCGGAGCUGCAAGAAGUGCCCGCCGGUGGCAGGAGGAGGACGACCGCCCAAACCCGAGCGGACGCACCACUGCUCGGUGUGCGAGACGUGCAUCCUCAAGUUCGACCACCACUGCCCCUGGAUCAAGGGCUGCGUCGGCCUGCACAAUGAGCGCUACUUCCUCCUUUUCCUCUGCUACUUCUCCGUCGCCGCCCUGUUCGCCGCCUAUUGGGGGCUGCGCCCGACCUUGCGCUGCCUGAACUUCUUUUCGGGCGAUUGGAACCACCGCACGCCGCGCGUGCUCAUGCUCCUCACCGAGGUGCUCGCCCUCGUCAUGGGCGUCGCCGUCCUCGUCAUGUGCUUGAGCCAGCUGCACCUCGUCGCGCGCAACCAGACCAACGUCGAGUCGAAUGACAACGAGUGGUACCGCAAAGUCGCGCUCGCCCGAGGCCGGACCUUCCUCAACCCGUACGACCGCGGCUGGCGGCUCAACCUGCGCGAGUUCUUCCACCUCGGCUCGGCGAACGACGGGCCGUACCAUUGGGCGUCGAUCUUGCUCCCGCUCGCGAUCCCGCCGGCGAGUGACGGCUGGACGUGGAAGAAGAGGCGCAACUGGCGCGAGCACGGCAUCGAGGCCGCGGACGAGUUGACGGACGAGGAGGAACCUUCGUCCGACGAAGAGUUUGACGAGUAGCUGUUUCUCCGCCUGCAACACCUUGUUCUCUCGGCCUC